AUGUCUACAUUUAAUGCUAAAGAAUUUUGUGAAAAUCCUACACUUGAACAAUUAGCCGAACCUAUUAAGAAAGAUGAUUGGCGCUUUAUUGCUCAAUACUUCUCGGUACCUCAUUCGGGUUCAGCAACUAAGAAAGUAAUUAAGGAACUAGUAUUAGAAAAUCUAAUUCAAAGAGAAUUACUUCCCUCUGAAGCCACUGAUUCUUUAAACCCUCAAGAUCCCGAACUGCUUGACGUUAGAGACACUUCCAUGCUGUCUGAUCAGAAAGAGGAGUCUUGGUCCACUGCUCGACUAGAAUUUGAAAAGUAUGCUUUUGAUUUAAAACUUAAGAAUCUACCCCUUGUUCCUUCAUUUCUUGAAAAUGAUCCUGAUGGCUCAUUCCGUAACUUUGAGAAAACUGCUGAACACUUUAAAUGGCCCUAUGCUGAGUGGACUUGGCUUCUCCAACCUAAAUUAAGCGGUAAAGCUGCCAUCACCUUUUCAAAUCUUGAUUGCAUUGAUGAUUAUGAAUCCAUAAAACAGUCUAUUCUUGAUGCUUAUGCAAUCACACCUGACGGCUACAGACAAAAGUUUCGAAGUCUUACUAAGUCUCCUCAUGGUACCUUUGCUGAAUUUUUUACUGAGAAGGCUAGAUUGUUUAACAAAUGGCUAGAUUCAACUUCAACUAAAUCUUUCUCACAAUUAAAAGAACUUCUUAUUUUAGAAGAAGUAAAAAGAAAGUUACCCUUCGAUAUCCUUAAGCAUAUAGAAGAUAGGGGUGAAACCGAUCUCCUUAAAGCAGCACAAAUAGCUGAUUCAUUUGCGCUUUUGAAAAGGUCACAGCUGGGUAAGGUAGACAAGGUUAGAUUUUAUGUACAGUCCUCCUCUGGUGAAAACCUUGGGAAUGGUGGUAAAGCUGGCAAAAUUGCACCAUUAAACUUUUGUUCUUAUUGCAAGCGAGCAGGUCAUACCAUAGACAAGUGCAAAGACCCAAAGUGUAGAAAGUCUGGUAUAAAUGUAAGACCAUUCAUAAGUCCAAGCAUCCAAGCUUUUGAACCAAAACCAGUGGCAAGUGUGACAAAUGUAAACUCUCCAGAUCCAUUCAGUGAUUUUAAAUAUCGGGGAACUGUCUCUCUUGAUUCAAUGAGUAAAUCAUAUCCCAUACUCAUCCUUAGGGACACUGGAGCUGCUCAAAGUAUAAUUCUAAAGUCUGCUUUACCUGGAAUUGAGACAAAAUAUACAGGUGAAAAAGUUCUUGUUAAAGACUUGACUUCCAAAAUUAGUUAUAAACUAGCAAAUAUUUUUCUCACUUCUGAUUUUGUAUCAGGGGAAAUAAAGAUAGCUGUGACAGAAAAUAAUUUUCCAAUAGAGGGAAUAAGUUUAAUUCUUGGACAUGAUCUAGCAGGGAAAUUAGUGUACCCUACAAUUAAUGUUGUUGUUAAGCCUUUAACCUAUAGCCCAACUAAAGAACUGGAUCAGAAACAACCUCAUAUUUUCCCUGUGUGUGCUGUUACUCGUUCUAAGCUAUAUAAGAAAUCUUCCUUAGAAAAAGAAAAUCCAGUUGAUAAUUUGAUCUCACAAGAGAUCACACGAAGUAAAUUAAUUGCAGCUCAAAACGAUGACCCCUCUCUUGCUAAAUGCAGACAUGUUGCCUCAGACAGUCUUAAAGAUCAAAAGGUCCCUGGUUUUUAUUAUCAUGACGGACUAUUAAUGAGAGUAUUCCGUCCUCCUGAACUCCGUGCUUUAGAUACAUGGUCAGAAGUACAUCAAGUUGUAAUUCCGUUGUCAGUUCGGAAAUCAGUCAUGACACUUGCACAUGAUGGUUUAGCAGGUCACUUAGGUAUUCAAAAAACAUACAAGAAAAUACUUCAAAAUUUCUAUUGGCCAGGUAUGAAGAAAGAUGUUACACUAUUUAUCAGGUCUUGCCAUGUGUGUCAAGUUGGGGGAAAACCCAAUCAAAUAAUUCCAAGAGCUCCUUUACAUCCUAUUCGAGUAGACUCAGAUCCAUUUGAAAGAAUUGUAAUUGACUGUGUAGGACCACUGCCUAAAACAAAGAAAGGGAACCAUUAUCUCUUUACAAUUAUGGAUACUGCUACAAGAUAUCCAGAGGUUUACCCUUUAAAGAAUAUUUCUGCCAAUUCCAUUGUAAAAUGUCUACUUCAUUUUUUCACUUCAUUUGGAAUCCCUAAAGAGAUUCAAUGUGACAAAGGCAGUAAUUUUACAAGUGACUUGUUUCAAAAAGUCUUAGAACUGUUAGGUAUCUCGCAACAAAUGUCAACAGCUUAUCAUCCCCAAUCACAAGGUUGCCUUGAAAGAUUUCACCAGACCUUAAAAUCUAUGCUUAAAAAGUAUUGCUUAGAAACAGGGAAUUCCUGGGAUGAGAACAUUCAUUUUCUUCUGUUUGCCCUGAGGGAAUGUCCACAAGAAUCCCUUGGAUAUUCUCCAUUUGAAUUACUAUAUGGAAGACAGAUUAGAGGUCCACUUAAAGUUCUUAAAGAUCAGUGGUUUUCAGACUCUUCAGCUCCCCCUAAUCAAACAGUGGCAUCUUACAUAGAUAAUCUUAGAGCUAAGUUAUCAGAGGCAAGAAAAUUGGCUCUCUCUAAUCUUCAUAACGUUCAAAUCAAAAUGAAGUCUUCUCAUGAUUUAAAAUCACAAACUCGAGUAUUCUCUCCAGGAGACAAGGUUUUACUGUUCCUUCCAAUUCCAGGAAACCCUCUUAAGAGCAAAUUCAUUGGGCCUUAUGUUGUUUCUCAUAAAGUUUCUGAUUACAAUUAUGUAGUUCAAACUCCUGAUAGACGUAAAGAUACCCAGUUGGUACAUAUCAACUUAAUCAAAUCGUAUAUUGACAGGCAGCCAAAGGAGGACUUUGCCAAAGGCAAAUCUAUUGCAUGUAUGAUUCCUCAGGAAUCUCCCAUAACUUCUAUGUCUAACGAGUAUAUUGAGGAGACUGAUUACAUAAAAAUCCCAGGUCCUCAUAAUCCACAUAACUCUGAGAUAAUAGCUAAUCUUCAUAAAUAUUUAAAUUACUUGCCUGCUUCAAAGUUAAAUGAUGUAUAUCUAAUACUGAAAGAUUUUCCUCAGGUAACAGCUGAUAACCCAGGGUUUUGUGGCCAUACUCUACAUGAUGUUGAACUCACUCCCGAGGUAAGACCCAUUAGGCAAAGUUCAUAUAGACUCAGUCCAGAGAAGAAAGCUGUUAUGAAGAAGGAAGUAGAUUAUCUACUUGAUCAUGGUUUAGCUGAACCAAGUAACUCUCCAUGGGCUUCACCCUCACUGCUAGUGCCAAAACCUGACGGUACCAGUAGAUUAUGUACAGACUACCGAAAGUUAAAUAAAGUAACUAUACCUGACUCCUAUCCUCUUCCUUUAAUUGAAGAACUUGUAGACUCGAUAGGACAAGCCAAAUUCAUAACCAAAAUUGAUAUGCAGAAAGGUUACUAUCAAAUAGGAUUAACAGAUAAUGCUAAAGUCAUAUCUGCUUUUAUAACUCCUUUUGGUUUAUAUAAUUAUACAGUAAUGCCUUUUGGGAUGUGUAAUGCACCAGCCACCUUUCAACGAGCAAUCAAUUAUACCAUUCAGGGUCUUGAAGGUGUUAAAUCUUAUUUAGAUGAUUUACUUGUUAUCUCCAACUCAUGGGAUGUUCAUAUCCGUAGGCUACGCUCUCUGUUCUCCCGCUUAGACGAAGCUGGAUUCACCAUCAACUUGGCCAAAUCUACUUUCUGCAGUGCCUCCGUGACCUACUUGGGACAUAUCGUGGGUCACGGACGAACGUUGCCCAAACAAGCAAACGUAGAAGCAAUCCAGGCAUACCCCACUCCAACAACUCGGAAAUCUCUCAUGAGGUUUUUGGGCAUGGUGGGAUUCUACAGACGCUUCUGCAGUAACUUCUCGUCUAUAGCUACGCCUCUAACGGAUAUGACCAGCUCUAAGUGUGCUUUCCAGUGGACUUCCGAGUGCGCUGAAGCUUUUGAUAAACUGAAGCUCUUCAUUUCUUCGGAACCGGUGCUGAGAACUCCCGAUUACUCUCGUCCUUUCAGUCUGCAGAUUGACGCUAGUGGCCAUGGUGUUGGAGCGGUGCUACUACAAGAGGAUGAAGAUACUCGGGUGAUGCAUCCAGUUUCAUACUUCUCGGCAAAGCUGAAAAAACAUCAAACACAAUACUCUACUAUAGAACGUGAGGCUUUAAGUUUGGUAUUAGCCCUGAAAAAGUUCGACUGCUACCUCCAUAGCCAUCAGCCUGUGGUGGUGUAUACAGACCACAACCCUCUAGUGUUCAUACAUCGGAUGCAGAAUCAAAAUCAACGCAUUCUUCGAUGGUCUCUUCUACUUCAACAGUACAACCUCGUCGUCAAAUAUAUCAAGGGAGUAGAUAACGUCAUCGCUGACAGUCUGUCAAGAGAAUUUCCAACGUCGGAAGAUUCCGCCGACGACCUCCUCGUUCGUCAGAGCUACCGAGGAUUUAAAGGGGGAGGUGCUACAACUGCCGCCAUUCCCAUGGCCGCCAAAUGCCCCCAAAGGCGAAGAUCCGCGCACCUGGAAACUGCUGAUCUAACACUGGCGUCCGAUGAUUUCAGUGGCUUCUUAUUCAAAAGCAUCUUCUAA